UCCACACCGUCUGGCCGUUUUUAGAAUCAAAUCUCACAUUUUCAUUGUCAGGGAACGUGCUGGGGGUCGCAUUCAGGUCUACUAGCGGGAGAGAGUCGCCACCCCAAUCGUAAGAUGGACGGGUCUGCAGUAUAUAGCUGUAGCCGCAACGACCCGUAUCGGAUAGGAUACUAUAUAUAGUUCGCGCGCUUAUGUAGGUUGAAUGGUUUGAUCCUCGGGGCUUCUUUUGACACAAGGAGAUGUCGAUGCUUGCACACAAACAACGACGAACCAACCCCAAUUUUACCUUCACAGUGGGGGUAGCAGCUUAUCAUCUUGUCUCAACCAUCUCUUCCGUGAAAACAUCUGGUCUUGUCCUAUCCAAAGUUCGUAAACUAUCCAAUCAGCAAAUCGUCUCAGAAGCUAGGCCCAGAUACAUGUGGAGAUCCUUGAAAACGUGGCCCUUCCUUUCCACCUUCCUGUUCUCUUGGGACAAUGCUUAUGACCUUCUGAGGCGCACGAGGCGCAGAGAGGAGUUGAAAGUCGUUGCAUUGGAACGCAAUCUAGCCCUCAGGAAGAUCGAACGAGUCGAAGACGUGGCCUUCUCCAUUAUGAUCGCCUUGAUAUCCUCGACGUCAGAGAAACAGGGAGGCAUCGAUCUCAAUGAUCUCGCUCUUGAUUUGACAUCCCAGCCGUCUGAUUUGCUAUCGAUGGAUGUGUCUCGCGUGCCCAAUGCAUCUGAGCCCGGCUCUGGGCCGGUUGACGGGUUCCAGGAUCUGAGUGUCCAUCUGUAUGAUGCCACUACGUCUGCGCUUUCUGGGGGGAAUAACAUCAGUCUGUCAGACGAGCACCCCGAAGUUCACACCUUUAUCUGCAGGUUGGUAAACAGGGAACAAAAAAGGUUACUUGAGACGAAAUUGUUGCAUCACCAGAAGGAAUCAUCUGAUCCAAAAGAGGAGCCACCUAGAGGCUCCAGUGGUCGGAAGAUGGGGCAGUCGCUCGGAGGAGGUGGUGCGGUGGUUGGCGGAUCCUCUAAUGCAGGGAGUACGCCAAGUGCGCCGGGUGAUACUUGUCCAGUGGAGGAACGAUUCCAGCAAUUAACUGGUAUGGGUUUUACCAACGCGCAACAGAAUAUUCGGGCAUUAUUAGCUACGGGUGGCAACGCGCACGCCGCGAUUGGGUACAUUCUGGAAGGCGGUGGCCUGUAG